CUUUUGUCCGAUAGAAUAAAUGCAUCACAUUUUAUUACAUAAUUAAUAGCAUUAUAUGCUAAAUCAUUCAGACAAUAUUAACAAAUAAAAUUACGGAGACAUAAUUAUACCCCAAAUAUUUUUAAUUAGCUAUAAUUAAUAAAAAAGAAUUGUUUUAUUUUGCGACGCUUAGUCAGUUUACGAAACAUGGACUUCUCACAAAUCUGGUGUGCAAUCUUCGUGAUAGUUGCUGCGUGCACUUGCGGUGCACGCACGGAAUGCGGUAAAACCGCGCAAAUUUCACUCCUAACAACCGUGCACGAUGAUGCAUCGUGCACGGAAGUGUCAACAAAGGGCGUCAUACUCUACGAGGCUGCCAAAUUGUUCGCCGAGAUUUACAAUAACAAAACCGAUGAAUUUAAAAUUGGAAUUACUGUUUUCGAUACUUGCGGAAGUAUAACGGGCACUCUGAAAGCAAUGAUGAAGGCUCUAGUAUGGGCGAAUAUCAACUGUUUGCAUCCACCUCAUUAUUUAGGUAUUAUCGAAUCGGACACUAUGACAGAUACUGAAGUAGUGCAUAAAGUGACUUCGAUAUUAGAAGUGCCACAUAUCGUGAAAACGCCAUCGAUUUCUCCAUAUUUGCAUUCUUUGGCAAAAGAAUCGAAUUUUUACCUAAUAAAGGGAAUUUUGGGAAUAAUAGAAAUCUUAAAAUGGAAAUCUUUCACAUUAGUAGCUAAUGUUAACGAUAAAAACAAUGAUAACAUACAAGAUAUAGCAAAACAACUAAUGAUGGAUGCCAUUACUAAGAAUUUGUGCGUUAUAGUUCAUGAUAAUAAUGAGAAAGAUUAUACAUCUCACAUCGUAUAUAUUGGAAAACCGGAAAAGAAGUUUUUCAAUGAAUCUACCAACGCAACUGUACUAAUUAUCAGCGAAGGAAAUUUGAAAGAUUAUUUAAAUCGCAUAAAAUCAACUAACACUAUACUGCUUUUGGAAGAUUCUAGAAAUACAGUUCAUAAUCUGCAAUGGAGAGUCGAAAAUUCGGAAUGGUGGGCAACUAAAAACGGGUCUGGAACAUAUGAUGCUGAGGAACUCAGACAAGUCAGAUGGUUAGAGAAUGCUAUAGAAAUUUACGUGAAAGCUUUACAAAUAUCAUGCAAAAACAAGAAAUGUAAAAAUCAAAUAAAUCCCCUAGAUUGGAAUCACGUGGUAUCGAACAUGUCACUAACACACAACAUAGAAUCACAGACAGCAUCGAGAUUUCUCGAUCUAUCUGUGAAGACAAGAACAAGUAAUCUGGAGCGUCUGGGUAGCGUGAUCGUUCGCCAGAACAGGACGAAAGUUUAUUGGAGCGAGGGCAAAUGGGACGAAAAGGAAGACAAUGUAGAAGAAACCGAGGAAAGCCGUAUAGCGAGAGAGAGCGACGAUAUGCCAUAUACAUUCAAGAGAUUACUGAAUCAAGAGAAUGAACUGUUAACAGGAUGCGCCACAACCGUUAAAGAGAUCAAGAAGCUAGAUGAGGACGCUAGCAAAGCGGUCCUAGUUUCGGGAAUGGAGGACGACGAAUGGUGGACAAUGAUAUAUACAAUAAGCAGCGUGGGAGUCGCGAUGUUCCUGGUGGGAAUCUUUGCAGUCUAUAUUAUCUACGCGAACAUAAACGGACCGAGAUGCCCUAAGGGUAAAGAUUAUUCGGAUAGAGACACCAGCCUGAGGAGAAUGGGCAGCGACAGAGAGCUAUCUACGACUAGAACCACCCGCAAUCAGCGAGCGUUGCGCACUCCACAAAGGACGGGUAGCGAAAGGAGUUCUGUAUCCGAGAAAAGCGUUUGACUUGAGGGCUAAUGACUUGCAUAAACAGUAGAUAUAAAGCAGCGAUCUAAUUAAAAUAACUCUGUUUUAAAAUAAUAGUACAAAGUAAAACCAGUCAUUAAUAUAUGUAUCUGUAUUUCUUCGUAAACAUGUUUCAUUAUUUUAUUUUAUCUCGAAUUAAUCUAAAAUCACUUCAAUACUUGUAAUAAAAUCUUAAUUUGUACCAUAUAUAGUGUAAAAUCUUAAUUGUACAUCUUAUUUAGAUUUCUUGAUAGUUGAAUAUUUUGAAU